AUGCAGAGAACUGUGGUGUGGUGUGGUGUGAGGAUUGGUGUGAGGAUUGGUGUGGUGUGGUGUGUCUCCAGGUUGUCGUGUGUGCUGCUCCACGCCUCUCUACUGCCCCUUGUGGUGCUGUGUGAGCGCAGCUGUCCGGCGGCGUGUCGCUGUGAAGGCAAGAUGGCGUACUGUGAGGGCGGGGCGUUCGAGACGGCGCCCGCUAACCUGAGCGCCGGGUGCCAGGGCCUCUCCCUGCGCUACAACCCCCUGCGGACGCUGCCUCCGCUGGGCUUCAGCCACCUGCCCCAGCUGGUCUGGCUCUACCUGGACCACAGCAGCGUAGCCAGCGCCGACCCACUAGCCUUCCAGGGACUACGCCGACUCAAGGAGCUCAUACUCAGCUCCAACUCCCUCUCCUCGCUCCCCAACGGCACGUUUGUCCCGGUCCCCAACCUGCGGACGCUGGAUCUGUCCUAUAACCACCUGGUGGCGCUGUUGCCGGGUUACUUCACGGGGCUGCGUAAGCUGACGUCGCUGCUGCUGCGCUCCAACACGCUGGCCACCAUCUCACUACGCUCCUUCCUGGACUGCAGAAGCCUGGAGAUGCUCGACCUCGGAUACAACCGCCUACGCAGCCUUUCCCGCACCACCUUCAUCGGUCUCCUGAAGCUGAACGAGUUGCACCUGGAACACAAUCAGCUGUCUCGCAUCACGCUGUUCCUGUUUCCACGGUUACUGAGCCUCCAGUCGCUCUACCUGCAGUGGAACCGUCUGCGCAGUGUGGAGCAGGGACAGGCCUUUGUCUGGUACACACUGCAGAGGCUCGACCUGUCAGGAAACCACCUGCAGAGCCUAGACCCAGAGGUGUUCCGCUGCCUCCCCAACCUGCAGGUCCUCAAUCUGGAAUCCAACAAGCUCUGCAACGUCUCACAGGAAGUGACGUCGUCGUGGAGUUCUGUUACCACGGUGAGCCUGGGAGGCAACUCGUGGGACUGCAGCAGCGGCCUCUGCCCCCUGGUGUGGUGGAUGCGCAACUACAGGGGCGCCAAGGACAGCGGCAUCAUCUGCAGUUCUCCUCGUGGCCUGCAGGGGGAGCGUGUCAUGGAGGCCAUGAGGAACAGCAGCCUCUGUGAGGAGGCACCCACGGACCUCCCCACCUCCUCUCCUCAUCUCUUCACCUCCUCCUCCUCCUCCUCCUCCUCCUCUCCGUCUCCACUCUCCACCUCCCCUGCGCCUGUGUUGCGACCCCAGCCCUCUCCUCCUCUGACUCGCACCCCCUCCACCCCUCCUCCCCAAAGCCCCCUUCCCCCACCCCCUAGCCCGCCCAUCUGGCCCAUUCAAAGCCCUCCUCUGCGCCCCUCCAACCCCUUCCCCCCCUCCUCCUCCUCCCCAGCUUUCCCCGAGGCCGACUUCGAGCACAUGUCCUUCCACAAGAUCGUGGCCGGGGGCGUGGCCUUGUUCCUGUCCCUCGCCCUCAUCCUAUUGGUCACCUAUGUGUCAUGGCGACGGUAUCCCGGCAGCAUGCGGCAGCUGCAGCAGCGCUCUCUCCGUCGCAAACACAAGCGUCGCCACAAGAGGGCGCUUAUGAGACAGGAGGGCAACCUGCCGUCACAGCUGCGAGAGUACUACCUGACCUACCAGAGCAGCACGGACACGCUCCACGCCCUCGUCAACGGAGGGUGCACCUGCGCCACCAUCUCGGGGUCGCGAGAGUGUGAAGUAUGA